AUGAUUGCAACUGUUUGUAUAGAUUUGACUACAACCACCCCAAUUGUAAUUGUUUUACUGCUGUUUAUACCUAGAAAAGAUGAAGAUGUAUUAUCGAAAGGAGUUGUUAAACUGUCACAAAAAUCGACGACAACUCACGAUAGAAAUCGAAUCAGAAAUAAAGACAAAGAUGAAAAAUACGAUCAAAACGAUGCACCUUCCGGCCCGAAUUCAAUGUCUCCUGAUGUAACGAAAAUAAUAAAUAGUGUAACGAAAAAAAAAGGAGGAAAGAAAAAAAAAGGUAAACGAAUAGCAGCAGCACAUCAGAAAAAGGGAAGAGGUGCAAAUUACGAAGGGCAAAUUUUGGAAAAAAAUUUAGAUUUUUUAUCCAAGCUCGAUUUGAGUUGUCUCAUUGGAAAAGAAGGAACGGGAUUUAUAAAAGCACCCGAAGCCCCUCAUGCCGUCAUCAAGUAUGCAAGGUAA